AUGUCGAAGGCGGCGCGGGUGGUGCGGGCCGUGCGGGGGGCCGGGGCCGGGCCGGAGCCGAGGCCGCUCCGGGCACUGAUCCCCGCGGGGGGGGCGGCGCCGGGGCCGCCGCUCGGGCCCCUCCUGGGGCAGGUGCGGGGGGUCCCGAUCGGCGCCUUCUGCCAGGACUUCAACGAGCGCACGGACAUCAAGGCCGGGGUCCCGCUGCGGGUGCAGCUGCGGGUGCACCCCGACCGGAGCUACGACCUGAGCAUCGCCCCCCCGGCCUCCUACUUCCUCAAGGCUGCAGCCGGUGUGGAGAGGGGCGCAGCGCAGCCCGGUGAGAGCGGAGGUGGGGUGGUGUCGCUGAAGCACCUGUACGAGGUGGCCCUGGUGAAGCAGAAGGACCCGGCGGUGGCGCUGCGGGGAAUGUCCCUGCCCCAGCUCGUCACCGCGCUCGUGGGCUCGGCCCGGAGCCUCGGCCUGCGCGUGGUGCCGCGGCUGACGGCUGAGGAAUGCGCCGAGUUCCAGCGGCAGCGGCGGGAGCAGGAGGCGGCUGCGGCCCGGGAGGAGGAGGAGGGAGCGAAGAAGAAGUGACCCCCCCCGAACCCCCCCCCCAAUCCUCUGACCCCCCCCAGGGUCGGGGUUCCCCCAAUUAAACGUUUCUUCAUCC